AUGACCUUCAACACCAGCCAGCAUCACCUUCAACACCAACCAACAUCGCCUUCAACACCAGCCAACAUUACUUCCAACACAAGCCAACAUUACCUACAAUACCACACCGGGUCAACAUCAACCUCAACACCAGUUAACACAUUACCUCCAACACCAGUCAACAUUCCCUCCAACACAAUUAACAUUACCUCUAGUAAGUCAACAUUACUCCAAAACCUAUUACCUCCAACACCGGUCAACAUCACCUCCAACACCAGUCAGCAUUACCUCCAACACCAGCCAACAUCACCUUCAACACCAGUCAAGAUCACCUUCAAGACCAGUCAACAUUCAACAUUAUCAACAUUACCUCCAACACCAGCCAAUAUCACCUUCAACACCAGUCAACAUUACCUCCAACACCAUUCAAUAUUACCUCCUACACCAGUCAACAUUACCUCCAAUAUCAUUCAACAUUACCUCCAGCACCAGUCAACAUUACCUACAAACCAACCAACAUCACCAUCAACACCAGCCAACAUCGCCUUCAACACCAUCCAACAUUACCUCCAACAGAAGCCAACAUUACCUCCAACACCAUUCAACAUAAUCUCCAACACCAGUCAACAUUACCUCCAACACCAGUCAACAUUACCUCCACACCUCAACAUGUCACCUCCAACACCAGUCAACAUUAGCCUCAACACCCACCAAACAUACAGCUUCAACACCAGCCAACAUUACUUCCAACACAAGCCAAAAUUACCUCCAACACAAGCCAACAUGACUUUCAACACCAGCCAGUAUCACCUUCAACACCAGCCAACAUCACCUUCAACACCAGCCAACAUUACCUCCAACACAAGCCAACAUUACACCCAACACCAGUCAACAUUACCUCCAACACCAGUCAACAUUACCUCCAGCACCAGUCAACAUCACCUCCAACACCAGUCAACACAACCAACAUUACAUUCAACACCAACCAACAUCACCUCAACACCAGCCAACAUUACUUCCAACACAAGCCAAAUUACCUCCACACAAGCAACAUGA